CCAAAGUGCAGCGUGCUGGCUGCACCAGGGCAGCAGUUGUGCCAAUCUUGUGCCUCAGAAAAUUAGCAUUGGUGCGGAUCUUACUUGCAUCGAUCCCUCACAGACACGGGAGCUCCUGCAUUGCACGCUAGCUUGUGCAGCAAUGCAUGGCGCCAGCCGGCGCCGCAGGCGGAGAGCCCGGCUGCACAGGCUGCUGCGAAAGCUACACGCGCAGCGUAACCGCAAGACCUCGGCCCUCGUCGGCAUCUGGGACGGCUGCAUCGCGGACGAACCCAUGGCAGCUUUAAUGCACGCGGCGCAGGAGUACUGGACGCAACGUGGCGGCGACCGCACCGUUGCAAAGUCGUCGUGGCUGCCGCGCGGCGCGACGCCGCGCUCACAACUCGAGGCGCUGGCGCUCGGCGUCCUACGCGCGCACGUCCCCGACGAGACGCCCCGGGACGCCGUCGCCGGUGCUGAGUACUGGGUGCAGAUCCGGCAGAGGCGGGACGGCGGCUUGGGGUUUCACUUCGACAAGGACGAGCGCGCCCACGCCGAGCGGGGCGAGUGGCGGCACCCGCUUCUCGCGACCGCUACUUACUUGGGAGAGAGCGGCGCGCCACUCGUCGUCUUUGACACGGCCUCGGAGGGUAAAGGCCGCGUUCGACGGGGCUGGCUCGUCGCCCCGCGAACGGCGCGCCACGUGGCCUUUCUGGGGGAUCGGCUCCAUGGCGUGCCGGCCGAGCUUGCGCCGGAGAACCUCCUCGCAUCUCGCAUAAAAUGUGCGAAGGACGACCCUGGGACGACGCGCAUCAGCGUCCUGGUGAACCUGUGGGACCGGAAGCCGGUCGGCGUGUCGCGGGCGGCGCCUUACCGCGGAUCGACCUUGCCGAUCGACGUUAGCUUUGCGCAGCCCGUCGCGCCGCCGAUCGUUGUCCAGCCCAAGGACCACCACAUCAGACGUCUGGGCGACGCAAACACCCAUUUGAUCCCAGGAACAGAGAAUUAUGCUUAUCUCGCCGAGCACCGCGACGGGGAUACUCUCCCCAUUCCGAUCACGCGCUGGAUACAUUCCCUUGCUGGUGGGAUCCCCGGCUGGGCGCUAGAGCUUCGGAGCGGCGAUUAGUGUAAGUGAAACAUGUG